UUUUAACGCCAUCUACCAUCGGAACUAACCAAAUCCACCUAUGGUACAGAAAAAUGUCAUGGGAAUAGCUUCUUUCAAAAUAAUUAGUCAUGUUUUUGUUUACAUGACAGUUCGUUGUUCGUUUGAUUUCGGAAUCAACAAAAGCGAAAUUUUGUGAAUUUGUUGCAUUGAUUUUUAACCGUUGUACAGCAUUUUUCUUUGUCAAAAUAGAUAAAGAAAAUUGUAAACAGAAUAAAUAUAAAGUAUUUCGACUUGUCGAAGUACGAUGAGUGCAUCAUUUGUGAAAUCAUCGGAUCAACAGGAUUUAAAAAAUGAGCCGAUCAAUUACAUCGCUGAAAUUCGGCGAAUGAUGUAUGGAUUCGGCGAUUGCCCUGAACCACUGAUGGAAUCAGCAAAAAUAAUUGAAGAUGUUGUUCAUCGCCAGAUGAGAUCGUUAGUAUACAAAGCUUGCGGCGUUGCCGACCGUCGAGAAUCCAAAAUCGUUACUGACGAAGAUUUCGUAUUUUUAUUGAGAAGCAACAAAAUAAAAUUGCGUCGCCUACUCAAAUAUCUACAGAUCAAAGAGUUUAAAGCAUCGAUGCACAAAAUGCUUGAAAGUGAAGUUUAUGAAGAGACUCUUGAAGAUUUGACGGUAAAUCCGUUGAAGAAAAAACGCCCUUAUCACAAAAUCAUUGAUCUGAUCGACAACACUGGAGAAUUGUCAGACAAUCAGUCGGCUGUUGAUACUGUGAAACACAACAGAGAACUUCGAGCCGAAAUGAUCUCUAGAAAAAUAGAAGAAUCUCGGUACCUUGAAUACAGCAGAGCUAGAUGCGUUUCAUUUGCCAAUAAAAAUCAACAUAAAUUCAGCAGUUGGAUAGGCUGCGAAGGUGAUAUGAAUAUCAGCAAACAAGGCUAUGUUGUUCUUGGAUAUUUAGCAUACGAAACAGUAGCCGAAAUAAUCGACCUCGCACUCCUCGUAAGGCAGGAUCAGAACAAAAUUCACGGAGAUUCUAUAGACAGAUUGAAGCUCAGUUACCACAACCCGUACACUUACAAGCCUUAUCAACAUAGCAAAGGAACUGUAACAAAAGCGAUAACACCUUCCGAAAUAACCGAAGCUUUGAGACGUUAUUGGUCCCCCCAACUUGACAUAACAGGCCCAUUCCACCAUUGGUCGAUGCACCGCCCGCACCUGAAACUUCUCUCCUGCUGAAAGCGAGAAGAAGAGUCGAAACCCGAGCUUUUCCUUCGGCUCCGCCGGUAAUACAUGUACCCGAUUGAUUAGCGGUUGACCAGUCACAGCACAGCGUUCCUUUGUGGCCUCCGAGUUCGAGUAUUUUUCCCUGCGGUCCUGGUGGCAUCUGAUUGAAAAAACAAAUUCAUUUGGAUUUUCGCAAUAAUUUUAUGACCGAAAACCAAUAUUAUUAUUUACCUUGUAUAUAUUUCCACCAUUUUGCGUGCACAAUAACAUGUGGUUUCCACUCUGAUCAAACGUGAAAA